AUGAGUUUUAUAACAAGAAAUCUUCUUCAGUGGACCUCAAAACGUACAUUAACCAGUUUCUCUAGUUUCUCACCUUUAAGAACACUAGACUCACGUCUUCAUAGACCUUUGGCGCAAGUCAAUCCAAUGGAAAUCACUUUACAAUCUCAAACACAAGCAAAUGGCUCAUCAAUAUUUGGUAUGUUGUUCGAUUUGACUCAGAGAAGAUGGAAAAGUAGAGGUAACACUUUCCAACCGAGUACUUUAAAGAGAAAGAGAAGAGUGGGGUUCCUAGCAAGGGCAAGAUCUAGAAGUGGACAACAGAUACUUAAAAGAAGAAAGAAUAAAGGCAGAUGGUAUUUGACUUAUUAG